AUAAAAGUAUCCAAUUGAUCUUCCCUGUAAAAUCCAUCACUGAAAAGAGUCCUCUGUUUCUAAAACUUACUUAAAAUGUCUGAUUCCAAUCACCAAACCCUAUCUACUGUCGACGGAAACACUUUUGUUGCCAUGUGCCUUGCACGUGCCGGCGUCGACCGGAUGUUCGGGGUUGUCGGGAUACCCGUUACUUCCCUUGCGAACCGGUCGGUCGGACUCGGUAUCCGGUUUAUUGCUUUCCACAAUGAACAAUCUGCCGGUUACGCUGCUUCUGCUUAUGGUUAUCUUACCGGGCGACCCGGAAUUCUUCUCACCGUCUCUGGUCCAGGUUGCGUUCAUGGCCUCGCUGGGCUUUCCAAUGCAACCGUUAAUACCUGGCCCAUGGUUCUGAUUUCUGGGUCAUCUGAUCAGAAAGAAAUGGGUCGUGGCGAUUUUCAAGAAUUAGAUCAAAUUGAGGCUGUGAAACCCUUCUCUAAGUACUCAGCUAAAGCAACUGAUAUAACGAAAAUCCCCAGCUGUGUUUUCAGUGUUUUGGAUUGGGCAGUCUCUGGCAGGCCAGGUGGUUGUUAUUUGGAUCUUCCUACUGAUGUGCUUCAUCAAACAAUUAGUGACACUGAAGCACAGAAAUUGAUCGAUGAUGCUGAGAGUUGCAGGAAUAAAGAGCUCAUUGCUAAACCCAUUGUUCAACAUUCAGAAAUUGAAAAGGCGGCUGCUUUGUUGAGGAAAGCGGAGAGGCCUUUGAUUGUGUUUGGAAAAGGGGCUGCAUUUUCUAGAGCUGAAAAUGCUUUGAAGAAUUUAGUUGAGCGUACUGGAAUACCCUUUUUGCCAACACCAAUGGGGAAGGGUUUGUUGCCUGAUAAUCAUGAGCUAGCUGCUACUGCUGCAAGGUCACUGGCUAUUGGAAAGUGUGAUGUGGCGUUGAUAGUUGGCGCAAGGCUUAAUUGGCUUUUGCAUUUUGGAGAGCCACCAAAGUGGUCUAAGGAUGUGAAGUUUAUCUUAGUUGAUGUAGAUAAGGAGGAGAUUGAGCUUAGGAAACCAUGUUUAGGGUUGGUUGGUGAUGCUACUAAGGUUGUUGAGAUGAUACACAAGGAGAUUAAGGAUGACCCUUUUUGUUUAGGGAAGUCUCAUCCUUGGGUUGAGGCAUUAUCAAAGAAGAGCAAGGAAAAUGUUUCGAAAAUGGAGGCACAACUGGCAAAGGACGUCGUGCCAUUUAAUUUUAUGACACCAAUGAGAAUUAUUAGAGAUGCAAUACUGCAAUUGGGCAGUCCUGCUCCAAUUGUUGUCUCCGAAGGAGCCAAUACUAUGGAUGUGGGGCGAUCAGUAUUAGUUCAGACCGAGCCAAGGACCCGGUUGGAUGCAGGGACGUGGGGGACAAUGGGAGUUGGUCUGGGGUACUGCAUUGCAGCUGCUGCUGCUUCACCUGAAAGGCUUGUAGUAGCUGUUGAAGGGGACUCUGGAUUUGGCUUCAGUGCCAUGGAAGUUGAGACCCUAGUUCGCUACCAGCUCCCAGUUGUGGUUAUAGUCUUCAAUAAUGGCGGAGUUUAUGGUGGUGACAGAAGGAACCCUGAAGAAAUUACUGGACCUUAUAAAGAAGAUCCAGCACCCACAUCUUUUGUUCCUGGUGCAUCGUAUCAUCUUCUAAUUGAAGCCUUUGGAGGAAAAGGAUACCUUGUUGGAACACCUGAUGAACUUAAAUCUGCACUUACAGAAUCUUUUUCUGCUAGGAAGCCUGCUGUUAUUAAUGUGACAAUCGAUCCUUAUGCUGGUGCUGAAAGUGGGAGAAUGCAGCACAAAAACUGAGUUUGCGGGUCUCUGAUUAUUUAUGUAUGGAUAUGCUUGCUGAAGUUCAGUUCUUCUCCGCCAUUCGUGCACAAAGAAAAUAGAAGAAGAAAGAUUGUUGUUGUGCCACGGUAUUAACUUGUAAUCGGUGGAGGAAAAUAAUAGCGAAGGGAAUAGGUUAAGUGAAUGUCUCUCCUUUGUAUCGUCACAGAUAGGGUAUGAUGUUGAAUUUACAGUUGAUAGUGAUGGAUGAAUUUUCGUAUACAUAGUAAAUGAAAAUAAUGUAUUUGCAACAAAUACUUAUCCUUGUGAUUUUCUUAGUUUUUCAAGUGUUCUAUUGAGUUCCUUGUUAUGUC